GUCCGCCUAGGAUACCCGUCCUGAAUUGCGUGUGAUGGAUGCACUCUCGGCCAACGAGUCGAGCGCCGACCUCUUGGACAACUUCGGUAAUGGCUCCGGACUCUGGAUUCCUGGAGGUGCCGAGGAAGACGAGGACGUCUUCCAGAGGUCUGAUGUCCGGGUCGGUCUCAUCUUCACCUACUCGCUCGUCUUCUGCUGCUGCUUCUUCGGCAACCUCCUGGUGGUGGUGGUGGUGGUGGUGCACCGGCGUAUGCGCACCAUCACCAACUUCUUCCUGACGAACCUGGCCGUGGCAGACCUCUGCGUGGGGCUGUUCUGCGUCUACCAGAACCUGUCCAUCUACCUCAUGGACGAGUGGCCCCUGGGAGACUUCCUUUGCCGGAUGUAUUUCUUCAUCCAGGCGCUGAGCUACACGGCCUCGGUGGGCAUCCUGACAGUGAUAUGCGUGGAGCGCUACAUCGCCAUCGUGCACCCCAUGUGGAGCAAGCACGUGAUCACCAUCCGCCGACUGCGCAUCGUGGUGCUGUCCGUGUGGCUGGUCAGCGCCGGUUUCUGCAGCCCCCGGCUGGUCAUGUGCGGCACCGCCGAGGUGCCCUCGCACUCGGACCCCAGCAGAACCGUGCACAUCUGCAUCAUGCGCAGGUUUAUGUACGACUCCCGGCUCUACGACGUGCUCAACUUCGUCGUCUGCUUCUUCAUACCGCUCGCCAUCAUGGCGGUCAUGUACUCCAUCAUCGGACUCCAGUUAUGGCGGAGUAGCGUACCCACGGCCUACUCGCCGAGUCCACGGCGAGCAACCCUGGAACUCGUCCCGAUCCCGCACGAAGGUGCACAAAGCCGCGAAAGCCUACUCCAAAGCCCCCGGGGAUUCAAACGCAUUCGCUGCACGCCCAAGAAGCCACCCUGCCCCAGCGUCGCCAACCAGAUACAACAGCACUACCAGCAGCAGGCGGCUGCCACCGUGCUUCGAGCACGACGGAAAGUCGUCCGCCUGCUCGUGGCCGUUGUGUUGGGCUUCGCUGUGUGCAACCUGCCGUUCCACGCCCGCAAGUUCUACCAGUACUGGUCGUCCCGCUACGAAGGGGCCUCCAAGUCGGCCGUGAGCCUGACCAUCCUGACGACUUUGAUCCUUUACAUGAACUCUUUCAUCAAUCCGAUCUUGUACGCCUUCCUUUCGGACAACUUUCGGAGGAGCAUGAAGGACGUGUUGAUGUGUCGGUCCAGGAAGAAAAUCCGUCGUCUCUCGUCUAACCGGUCCAACGGCAAAACGACGGCGUCGUCCGUGUUUCAGCAUCAGGAGAACACGCUCGUUGCUCAUCAUCACACCAACGGCUUCGUCUGAACGACGUGGUCCUAUUUCGCGUCUUUGUGUUGAAGGUGACGUUAAGGGAUUUUGUGUUGGAGCUAUUUUUUUUUGGUGUGGGUGCAGGGAAAGUCGAUGCAGAGCUACCCGCCUUCCUGACUCAUCAAUGGACAUCUGGUGACGUCACCGGAAAGUUUCCGACACCC